AGUGAAACGUUCAACUCAUUAGGAACACAAAGGGUAGCUAAUCCUCGACCCACGCGCUUGGCAGGAUUUGAGGCGCGACUCGCAAAAAAAGCGUUGGUGAGCGUGAAAGCUUAUUGUUGGCGACAGUGACAUAUUCAAACCAAUGAUUAUUAUGGCAGUUUGCUAGUUUCAUAGUAACGCACCUUGUGGAUACAGUGGAAAUGGCAGCACUCACUCAGGCGUCAAUUUCUCCUGCCGAAACGUCACUUCCACGGGAUUUCUGAAAUUUUUCCAAUGCUGAAAUACCGUGGGAGUCUAUGAGACCAGGCUGCGUGGGAGGGAUCUCCCGUCCCAAGUUAACUAGGUGGGAAAACUUUUCGGGAGUUGGGAUUCAGUUGCCUACUAUAGCUGCGCUCACUGGCCAUCUAUUUUAUGAAAAUGUUGUUUGUCUCUUGUGUCUAACACAACAAGGAAGUAUUCACAAUAUACUUGUUGACUAGGUGGUUGUUUGGGAAGGUUGGGUAACGAGCCACCUUUUUGGCUAGUGAGUGGGUAAACGUUUUCAUAUUUUUCGAUUGGAUAUCGCGGGCGAUUCCGCAUCAUGUAACAACGUAUGGACAUGCGCUUCCUAUGCGAACCGAUUCAAGGACGUUUUUUCCUUGAUUAUCUGAAUUUUGUCAUAAAAAGGAAUAGGACAGAACAUUUGGCCAUAUUGUUGCUGACAUUUGGCAUAGAAAACCACACCAAAAUGUGACACAUCAAAAGAGGAAAAAGCGAUCAUCAAAACCUAAUUGGAUAAACAUUCUCGAGUCAACUAUCACCGUCAACCACGGUAACUGAUCCCUAAAGUGGAUCCCCCUUCCCCGGUAUUAUUCUAGCUCGUGCGUGUCCGGUGAACGGGGAGAUGAGCGAGCCGAGAUGGGACUGUGUCUCAGUUCAGAACAAGACCUAACAGAGGAGGGGAAGAAGGCGAAGAUUCAGAGCGCUAAGAUAGACCGGGACCUCUAUGAAUAUGCCAAGAGGGAGAUGAACGUGGUCAAAAUACUAAUGCUCGGAGCAGCAGAGAGUGGGAAGAGUACUCUGGUCAAACAGAUGAAGAUCAUCCACAGCCACGGCUUUACCAAGCUGGAGCUGACCAGCUUCAAGCCGGCGGUGCUGGACAACCUUCUGACCUCUAUGAAGUUUGUCCUCCACGGGAUGGGCAUCCUCCGGAUCAACCUGGCUAACAGCAAGAACAAGGUGCACGCCCACUCUGUGUUGUCCUGUGGGAGGUGUUUUGACGAGGAUCAGGUGCUGUUUCCUUUCAUAGGCCACGCCCUUUCCUGUCUGUGGGCUGACCAGGGGGUCCGAGAGGCCGCAGCCAGGGGUUACGAGUUUGAACUCAACGACUCUGCCCUGUAUUUCUUUGAGAACAUGGGUCGUAUCAUCUCUCCAGACUACGUUCCCACGGAAACAGAUGUCCUGAGGGUCAGACUGAGGACCACCGGGGUCAUAGAGACACAGUUCAAAGUCAAACACCUGCUCUUCAGGAUGUAUGAUGUGGGGGGUCAGAGGACAGAGAGGAGGAAGUGGAUUGGUUGUUUCGAGGACGUCAGGGCCGUCGUAUUCGUUGUUUCUCUCAGUGGAUACGACAUGACCCUAGUAGAGGACCCAUCUAUGAACCGCCUACAGGAGAGUCUGAAACUCUUCUCUUCCAUCUGCAACAACAUCUUCUUCAGGAGUACCUCAAUGAUCUUAUUUAUGAACAAGAUCGAUCUUUUUCAAGAGAAGAUUUUACAUUCGGGGCGACAUCUGCGGCUGUAUGUGCCACAGUUCAAAGGUGCAGACUGUGACGUGGACACGGCAGCCCGAUACAUCGCCGGAAUGUUUGUGUCUCUCAAUGCCACGCCCAGCAAACUCAUCUACCACCACUUCACCACUGCAACGGACACCUCCAACGUACAGAUCGUCUUCCAGGUCGUCAUGGACACCAUCAUCAAAGAGAACCUAGAGGCAGUCUCUCUGCUAUGAUUGAUUCUAAGAGUUCCGAUGGUACUGGUUGGUUUCUGGGGUGAAGUUUCCAUUGGGACCGAGCUAGGCUCUGCUUCCCCUCACCCAAUCAUAACCUUAAAGGGUCAAUCAGCAUUUGCUACGUCCAUUUUUGGACUUAUAAAUGAAUGAUAUGUGCCCAUUGAUUCUUGAAGAAUAUAACUUAUAAAUGCCUCAUGAGCUUAGUUCAAAAUAUAAGUUUGUUUUAUGCCAACGUUUGUAAACAAAUAGCCUCAACAUGGUUAAAACUAGAAUGUUGAUAUCAUGGACGGACAGUCUUCGCAUCCAUAGCUCUAUCUGUGCAUUUGAGAGGUUACAAUUCUCCAGCCCCAUCCCUCAGCUUCUUACCAAAACGGGCGGGGAGGACACUUUAUUGUUUCACCUGCUGAUUGCCGCUUUAACCGUUAGGUGGGGAAAUGCAAAACAGACCCAAGAUCAGUGACUAUGUGCUACUUCACCCUACUCUGUUUUCCAGUUCCGGAAGAAGAACGUUUGUAAGUCAACUUCAUAAUGAAAGACCCCUCUGUUCAGUUCCACUGGAACUGUUUUGAAUCCCCUCUAAAAACUUUAUUGAGAUGACUUUUUGGAACGAUGUGGAGCUCCAUUGGAGAACAUUUCACUUCCCUCGCCUUGUUUUUGUGAACAAUCAUGGACUUUAUGCUGCAUAUUUAUUUGUUGUGUUAUUGUUGUUGUUAUGCAACCCUAAUCAGAAUAUGAAUAAUACAACAUCAACAUUUUAAUUCUUAACAUAAUUGUUAUAUUUCUUAUUCAUACCAGAGCUGCCUUAGCAGCUAAUUGGAGGGACCCUGUAGAUGGCAAUGGUAGGCUUCCUCUCAGCUUUGGUUGCUCGGUUACAGUCAUCUGGCUAAAUGCUCACUCAGCUUAGUGUGUGUAUAGGCAGGCAGACAGGAGUGAGGAUUUACCGUUGGUCCAUUAGAUGCGCGGGCAGUGCGGUGCUGCUUGUUGAGGUAUGGAGUUAUGGGUCACUCAUCCAUACAGACAGUGUGUGAGAGAGGUAAGGGGUUCACUCAUGCAUACAGACAGAAGUAGUGUAUUUUCCUCCCAUCUAUCAAUGCCUAGCUCCACUCAGUGGCCCCCCUGGCUGUGCAUCACACACUUCUUAAUGGGACAGUGAUCACAGAAAAUCAACUGGCUUUAUUUAACUGCAGUAAAUCUCAUCACUCUUUUGUGUCUUGCUUUCUCUCUCUUUCUCUUCCUCUCUCAAACACCUCUUCCUUUCUCUCUCUCUCUUUCUC